GCGUAUCGCGCUCCUUCCCGGCGGCGGCUCGCAUUUCGGAGGUUUCGGACGUCCCCGAGGUCGCGGCAAAGGCGGCGGAGACCGGAAACCCGCGCGAAGCGUCGACGGUCGAUCCUCCGUCGUCCGUCGCGGAGAGAGCCAAAACCCCCUCGGCACCCGCUCGUCCUUAUCCCGCGGACCUCCCCAGGGCUCCGUUCCCGGCACCGCGAACAACCGCUCGCUCCUCGAUAUCCUCGGCCUCGGUCCGAGAGGCAUGGACUCCAUCAUUCCCGGCGCCCCCCUGAUGGCCCAGUCCCUGGGUGGAGCCGCGGUCAUCGACUUCGGCAUCCAGCUCGUGGGAUGGGCGUUCGCGGCUGCGUUGAAGACGGAGAAGUUUUACGACCUGUGCGGAUCUCUCGCGUUCGCGUCGACCGCGGCGAUGACGUACGCGUCCUCCGCGCGCCUACCCCGCCAGGGCCUGAUCACCGGUUUGGUUUGCGCGUGGACCGCGAGGCUCGGCGCGUUCCUCGUCCGCCGCGUCUUCCGCGACGGCGGCGACUCGCGCUUCGACGAGGUGAAGCAUCAGCCGGGCAUGUUCCUGGUGUACUGGAUGCUCCAGGGCGCGUGGGUGUGGGUCACCGCGCUGCCGUGCUUCCUGGUCAACGGCGUGGCGUCGCAGAGCGCGCUGCACUGGGGUGACUACGCGUCCAUGGCGCUGUGGAUCGUCGGGUUCAUCACCGAGAGCGCCGCCGAUUACCAAAAGAGCGCCUUCAAGUCGGACCCGCGGAACAAAGGACGGUUCAUCGACACCGGACUGUGGAGCGUGAGCAGGCAUCCGAACUACUUUGGGGAGAUUUUGAUGUGGUGCGGCGUGGCGGGGGUGGCGGUCAGCAUGAACGCGUCGCCGGGAGUUUCCGUCGCGGCGUGCGCGUCGCCGCUGUUCGUCACCUUUUUGCUGACUCAGAUGAGCGGGAUACCGAUCCUGGAGAAGAUGGCCGACGAGCGGUGGGGCAACGAGGCUGCGUACCAGGAGUACAAGAGGAACACUCCUUGCCUCGUCCCGAGGCUCGUCCCCGUCAAGAAGCAGUGAGACUACUUUAGUGCGUGAAAGUCUACGUAGUAGAUAUGAAACAAUUGUGCGUUGAGAC